AUGGACUCUAGCCUCGAAGAUAACGAGGCGGUGGUCCGUACAGCCGUCGGCGCCGCAGAUCGCUUUGAUCCUCAGCAAGUCCUGUCGAUCUCGCUUCCGGACGUGAACGUACUCCGGCAAUUCCCAAUGUCUCAUUCGAGCUGCAUCCGGGUCGCCCUCUUCUACGUUGCAGACCGGAGUAGGUGUUUGUUAGAAGGAUACGGUGUUCUGUGAAGGUUCGCAGCAGAAGGAGACCGUUGUCUUUCCAUAUGCCGACACCGUGCUUGAAAUGACAGCUACAUAGUAAAAUCUGUAGAGGGAACGUUUAGGUUUAGAAAUAACUAGAGAUUUAUUCUGGAGUUUUGGCAUUUCAAGCACAGCACUUAUAAUUAACAAGACAUAGAAUUUCCGAAGUUUCUGUUUUUUAAAUAAAACAGAAUGUCUUCAAUAAAGAUGGAAAGAUUUUGGAAUGCAAAAUGCGGGAAUGGUUCAAAGAGCCCGGGCAUUUAAUGUGAGAUACUAAGGAUACAACUGUACGCAAAAGGUUACACAAACACGAAAAAGAGCCACAUACAAUGUCUUGGUGAGUUGAACUUUUGGUAGACCACGAUGAGAAUAAUUUAGUUUCGGCUGGUGGUAAUUGGCUCAUCGACGCAGAGGCUAUUAUGUUUGUUGAAAAGUCAGCGGAUAAGACAAAAACUUUCCUACCCAUUUGUCCUAUAAGCUAUUAGACUCGACCGAUUUGCUCUGUCCCAACCUGGUCAGAACAGCAACCAAGUAGCUUGGGGAUCAUGUCCAGCAAACUUCGGCCAAAAACGUGGUCUGGACCGGAUGCGUAAACUGAACUCCAGUCGCUAAGUGGUGAAUUAAAGCUAGACCGAGUAGUUAAUCCUACCAAGACCUCAAACAAAUGGACGUCAGUCGUCAGAUCAUUUUUCGGCUGUCAACAGACUGUCAGGGCGUCGAGAUUUGGUUAAUCCGUUGCUUUAAUAGUUAACCAAGAUACAUCGGAAGUACACGCAAAUUUGUCUGUUUUCUCUGAAACUUUAACCCUUUGUGUUACAUACGCGAGUAAGCCUCCCCCUGACAUCCUGCCCGUCUCUUCUGAACAACUAUUAUCCAGGUACAGUUGGCUUAAGGUCGUCCAUGUGUUAUGAUAACCAACUUUCUCUGAGUGCGCUUAUAUCCAGAUAAAGAUCAGAGAGAUGGAUCUUUAGCUCAUCGAAUGUUGAUAACAUGCUCUGCGCAUUUUACUAUAAGAGAUAAAGUUCGCGAUCUACGGCAGCCGGAGAGGUGGUUUCGAUGCGGUUCGAGCCUUCGCCUACUGUGUUGGCUGAGCAGUCGUCUGGAUGUAGCCCCUCUAAAGGGAAAAUUGUGGGCGCUGCUUGAACUGAUUGUUGAAGAUAACCAAAUUGCGUUCUUCUUCGUUGAGUCUAUUUCUCAGUGCUAGAACUAUAAGACGAUGUUUCAGCCUUUCUAUUGGCGAAUAAUCCGAUCGACGAUAAGACGCUGGAGAUAGGUCCAUUUAUCCCAAAACACCAAGACAGAAAACAGACUGGCUUGUUUCUUACAGGCCAGCACAACCCCGAGAGGUCGGGGGCGUGUUGAUGCUGACUGAUUAUUUAUCCGUUGAGGAGGAAACCGGUGGUAUCUGGGUCAAAACUUCUAAAAAAUAUCCCGCAAAAUUCCAAAAAAUUCCUUCGAUACGCGAAUAAGGCGAAACGCAACCGGGAUUGCAUUUACUGUCUAAAAUAUCGCCAGCGAAAUAUGUUGUCUGACAACUCACAUAAAGCAAACCUGUUGUUUAAUUUCUUCACGUCUGUGUAUACCGAGGAGCCGGCUUUUAUGAAAGAGUUUACCCCCCAACUGUCAAAUCAAACAAUACAAUUAGCACGGUGGACUUCACAGCAGACACGGUAAGGAAAAUUCUCAGUCAAAUACAGCCCACUAAAUCGCGUGGUCCGGACGGCGUGCUCAAAAAAGCCCAGCAGCCACUCUCAGACCAACUGGCCUCUCCGUUAUUCAGGGUCGUCAGAUCUUCGACGGAGACCGGGGUUCUGCCUGCGCACUGUAAGAAAGCAAAUAUCAGCCCCAUUCAUAAAGGUGGCGAGAGAACAGCUCCAAAUAGUUUCAGACCAAUUAGUCUCACAAGCAUCUGUUGCAAGGUGAUUGAAAAGGUAAUAACAACGGAGCUGGUGCGACAUCUUGAAGAAAAUCACCUGCUCAGUUUGCAUCAGCAUGGAUUUCGAAGGCGUCGAUCUUGUCUCGUUAACCUGUUAGUAUCCAUGGAGAGCUGGGCGAAAUCAAUCGACAUGGGCGUAUUAGUCGACGCCGUGUGUGUAUCUGAAACGCCAAAUCGGAAUGGGCAUCCGUCCACCGUUGCGUUCCGCAAGGGAGCGCUCUGGGUCCAAUUCUGUUCUUGAUAUAUGUGAACGACUGCCUGGACCGUCUGAACUGCGAGCGCGUAAUGUUUGCCGAUGAUCUCACAUUGUGGAAAUUAAUAAAGAAGCCGGAAUACUCUGUACAGUUACAAGACAAUCUGAAUCACUUGCAACAAUGGUGUGAUGAGUGGUGUCUUAGCCUCAAUCGUUACAAAUGCCAACUUAUCCGAUUACGUUCAAGCAACAGGAGGCCGUUGAGAUUUGAAUCUUACUACUUUAUAGAAGGCCAUUUAGUCGAAUCAGUCAAAGAGUUAAGAGACCUCGAUGUGCGGAUGACGUCAACUCUCAAACCAUCGUCUCACUGCGCCAAGAUAUCAAAGAAAGCUAUGGGUAUCCUAGGCGCGAUUAGAAUAUCCUUCCUCAAUUUUGGCGAAGGACUUUUCGGACGAGUAUUAGGAGCACUCAUUCGACCAAUGUUGGAAUAUUGUGUUCAGGCAUGGUGUCCCUGGACGAAACAAGAUUACACCCUACUGGAGAACGUGCAACGAAGAGCGACCAAGCUAGUCGGCGGAUUAAGUAGUUUAUCUUAUGAGAGACGCCUGGAAAAGCAAAAAAUAUUUCUUCUCUCUUAUAGACAAUACAGAAGGGAUAUGAUUUUGGCCUUCAGGAUCGUUCGAGGGCUAGACUGUGCUCAUCAGUUUGACGAUUCCUCCGAACCGGCGCGGACGACAAAUCUCCGAGGGCACCGAUACAAAUUGAAAAUAAAAUAUGCCAAACUCGAAUUGCGGGCCAAAUUCUUCUCCCACCGGCUGGUUGAGGGAUGGAACAAAUUUCUGAACUCCGUCGUCUUAAAGGAAAACGUUGAGACCCUCAAAAGAAGACUAGAUGAAUUGAUGCUUGAUGGUUUAACUUGUGUACGAUAUCAAUGACUGGCAUAACUGCUAUGCAAAUAUCCGCAUGUUUUUUUCAUACAUCUAUCUGUAAACUGGGCUUUCCAGGGCUCUGUCUAUAUCCCUCAUAUAUGCUGAAUUAUAAUGAACUGAAACGAAAACUCUAACACUUCUACUGUGCCUGUGGGUUUCUUAAUAUUAUUAUGCAGGCUUUGGAAGAGAAUUGAUUCUUCUGAAGCCCGCUCCGUGGAAAUGUUGGCGUUUGAUUCGGAGAAUCCCUGAAUAGCGAGCCUCCGCACUAUGACGACUUCUUACGUAUUUCCAGUUGGUACGUCACUGUUUAAGCGGUGUGGCUCGGUGUAGAUAUAAGCCGCUGAUCGCGGAACAGGUGAACUUCGCGGUUUUGUUAUUCCACUUCUGGUUUAACGGACUAGGAGGAAGUCGUUGGCACGAACGAGGAAGUGUAAUGGUCUUCAGAUUUGACAGUUGACUCACUACCAAAGAAUUUUUUCGCUUCUGAUCUCUUUCUCAAAAUGGUUGCUCAUGGGGGCUAACAGUUAGCAUGCACUGUAAAUCCUAUUUGCCCGUAGCUCGCCUGCACAAUCAAUAAGAUUUGUGAGAUCGACUAUCAUCGUGGCGAGGUUGCUGAUGGGGCCUGAGCCGCCGGUCGGUAUGACAAGGUCCGCGAGAUCGAGCCCGUGUUGAGACGAUCAAUUUUGGGCAGUAACGCAUACGUUCGUCAUGUUUUCUUGAGUUCUGUAAAAUGGAAGAUCUACAGGAACAAAUUCGGCGACAAGUGCUUAUAUUGGGUCUGCCGAAAUGUCUCGAGAGUCGAAGUUCUGGUGGGCGUCUUCAUCCAACCCUGGUUUGUUAAGUUGAUAAGAACCUGACUUUAAACAGGUGACAAGCAGAAAUUAUAAAGAAAUAUUUCGACUCAGACUUUUGAAGGUUUUGCCUGAAAACGUCCACCAGCGGUGUGAGUCAGUAUUUUGGAACUACAGCUUGUGUAGACUAAACCGAAACUCCAACUGAAAGCCGAGGUUUGCUGAGCAAUCGUCUUUGUCGUACGAUAGGUGCGUCGAUGUCUGUUAACCGAGGAAUUGAGGACAAUGAGGUGUUCUACAAUUCCAUUGAAGUGGGAGAGGGCCGUUUCAAGGAAAAUAAGCUUCCUGACAAUUUCCUUCUUGCGAGUCUAAAUUCAAAUUCCGCGAGUGAUUCGGUACUGCGGUUAGUAAACAUCAGGGAUCCUACUGGGCAGCUAAAUGACUCUCACAGAGCAACUGCUGCAACGCUCUUCCGUCGGUCUCAAUAGGAGUUGCAGAAAUCACUGAAGAGCGUGCAGCAAAGGCAUGAUCAUAAUUAAAGGAAAGGUUUUCGGAUACGACGCACGCCAGUUUAAAUGUCAGAAAUUUGUUGUUUAAGCCACAGUAAGCAGUGAUCUGUGACUUGGUGUUAUUCACAUUAUUUUGGACGGAGUAUUUGUCUUAGGCUGUGAGUGCAAAGCCCCACGAUCUGUGUAGAGUUGUUUGAAUGGGGACACUUUUGGCGCGCGGACCUAGGAUGGUGACGACCUAGCUGCGUGUCGGUGGAAAUGUCCAGUGCCCCUUCUUUCUCUCUCUCUCUUUCUCUCUUUCUCUCUCUCUCUCUCUGUACGUCGGCAUCUCCCUCGACCCUCCCUUGCAGUUGCCCACGGCGCUGCCUUCCCCACCGGUAAUUAAACUGGCAUGUCAAUGUCGCCUUACCAUCCAGACAGGUUACUCCCUCUUUUUAACUCACCCCUUUGCACAACUAAGCAUUAUUAUAUGUAUUCCCACUUUCCACCUCUUCCCAGUAUACCUUAUUGGCUACCUAACGUUUCUUCUUACCUUGCGUAUGGAUGAGUAUUGCGAGAUGAUAACGGCUCUGUUCAGACCAGUCUAAGCCGCGAACUCUACCUAGUGCUUCAGUGCCUCGGUGUGUGCCAUCCUUGACGUUCUUGGCCGUUACACGAGAAUAGACUUUUUACGAUCUCAUGUCAUUUUCUUUUGUUUAAAUUCCAAGAGAUCAGCGAAGGUGUCGUAAAAGUGUUUGAAAUCCUUUCUGCCUUACUGAGCUUUAUAGAUGUUGCGCAAAAAGUGUGUAAAUUUCCCGCUGCACAAUUCGUCAUAUCUACAUGUCGGUAGUUGGUUUACUCAGAGGAAAAGGACACGGCCAUCAGUGUAUAUCGAGGCGACUGACUGCCAGCCACAUCUAGUGACACCGAAUUUUUACAUGCCUUGCACUGCCUUUUGACUUCUCACAGCGUUGGCUCGACUCAUUUUCGAGCUAUUUUUUCUUAUCUACGACAGAUUAUUCUUUCAUUCAAUCCAACAGUAAAACUUUUGCGGCCUCGAUGAGAUUUAAAUCUAUGAUAGCAGCUGCAAGGCUUUCGCGAAGUCAACGCUCUAAACACCGGACUACAAGAUCUCGACCGUACCCCGCAAGUUCAGUUACAUUUGGACUUAUUGACCCGUCCAACUUACUGCAACACCUGUGUUUCAAAAAUUUUGACAAAAAAUGCUGACCGCUUAAUCCGGUUUGCCAAAGCAACCCAUUUAACGCCCAUUGGAUGAACGCCAGGUCCAAUUAGAUAUCUAAUACUUUUGAUAAAUUUACCAAAACACCUCUAAAUUUGCAUAUGUAAAGAUGGGGUCAAAGCUUUCCCAACGUUCGUUAUUUAGGCCAAGGUAGCUAACAGAUCGCUAGCACAGUAAUCAGCGGUCCUAUUGGAUGGCACACACAAGUUUGCCAUUUUAGAUUCUCUAAUCUUAUUGGCGUAGUACACUUUGGACAGUCAAUCUCAUUGGAUUUCGCCAAAUUAAGUCAAAAGUUCUAGUUCAACCAUUGAGUAUUUUGUUUUGCCUAUCAGAGACCCCGUAAAGGUUAGGAAAACGCCAGAAUGUCCUAAAUAAUUCCCGAAGAUCUAAUUGGCCACGACAUACUUUCUUGUAUUCUUGGAAUUUGACUUACGUAUACCCAUUGGUAUAUUUUACGUAAACCUACCCGAAACACCUCGAGGCCGAAUCAGAACACAGGACGACUGACGAUGGGCAACUUGGACUGGAGGGCGUCUUCUGGACGCCAUCGACCCUCCUACAUCGCCUCUGUUGCCCAGACCCAAUAAGGCUUGCCGCCAAGCCGACAUCCCAGUGUCCCUGAUUCCAACUGAAGUCCAGCUCUCCUCUUUUGCUCAUUAUAAAUAAUCCUCAAACUUCCCUUAGGAUCCCGUCUUCUCUUCUCACUGGGGACUAGAAUGGACUCUAGGCGUAACUUUAUCGUCCCCAACUUAGUUGGGUUUUUUGCACAUAAUUUUUGUUGAUUUGUUGGUAUUGUGGUUGACUGAAGAUACUUCGGUUUUUGAUUGGGCAGCAGAUUAAGUUAAGAUCGUUCAUUUCUGUCACCCAUGGGCCUUUCUAAGCCUUAUCUAGUCAUCUACAACAUUGUGCAGGCUUGCGGGUAACUUAUUCCGUCUCUUUCAUUUCAAAAGAUGGGGAUACAUACUGUUUUUGGAGUUAUUAUCAGCGGCACGCAAUAACAAUGACGUAGGGUUCUUUCUCCAGAUAUUCCAGACACUUGCGUUGCUUGAGGUAUUCUGUUUUAUUUCUUAUGUUGUGCUCAGGUCCUCCAUGCAUGUCUUAGGCUUGUUAGGUCGUCGCCGUUAACGACAAUCAUACAAAUAUCUUCUCGCAUUUUUGUCGUCUGGGGUGUUUUGUAUUUGUACCCCGAGGUAAAAGGCCAUUCACAAGCUCUGCGGAUGAUGGUGGUGUCCUGGUGUUUAGCAGAAAUCACACGUUAUUUCUACUACUUUGCUUGUCUUCUUCUCAAACCUCCUUACCCACUAACCUAUUUAAGGUGAGGUGGCCUUCAUGUUUUCACAUAGCCAUAUCAGGUACUCCCUUUUCAUGAUCCUCUACCCUACUGGGAUACUUGUGAGUUCCUCCCUACUUUUCAUUCUCUGUUUUAGGGCGAGAUUUUGCUUAUAUCGUUUUCUCUGCCAUAUGUUUCAAAACAUUCGCCGAUCGAUUUCCCUAUGCCCAAUCGCCUUAAUGUCGCCCUUCACGGAUACUAUGUUUACUGGACAGUUCUCUUAAUGUAUCUUCCAUGUAAGCUUCACUUCGCAGAUUUCCAAUCCUUUAGUCUCUCCCGUGAUGUAUAAGCACAUGCUGGCACAGCGCAGAAAGGUUCUGGGAUCUUCGACGAGGAAGGAUGCAUGA